UGUCCGCGUGCUGAGUAGAGUCGCUCCACUCCCUGCUCGCGCUCAGAUGCUUUCCUCCUCGCAGGCGACGCACACACUGGCACGAAAAGUCUGUUGUUUGAGGAGUUUCUUAUCUGUUUGCAUCCCCGCGCUGUGAUGUCAGCCCCUCGAGCCGUUCUGGUACUGCUCUGCGUGGCGUGGGCUGUGGCGCGUGCCCGCAGGAGUUCUCUGGAUCCGGAGGAUGUUCAGGAGAAAGUCAACAGCGCGAGAUGCACGUCCAGGUGUCUGAGUCUGCACAUGACCCAGCUGACUGCAGCCUUCAGACAUAUUCAGAAUAACGAGGUUCUGGUCUGGUGUGAAAACCACAGACGCUGCGCUCAGUGCCUUCAUCCAUGCAAAGAAUUAUGGGAAACUAGGAAGGUGAUUUCUCCAAAGUUAUGCGAGAAACAGACAGAGUGUGUGACAAGCAGGGAGUUUCUGGCCUCUCUGAGGUCGUCCCGCCAGGGAGAUUGCCCCCCACCGCAGCGAGCCACAGGAUUCGCUGCAGCCUGUGUUGAGAGCUGUUCAUUUGACCAGGACUGCCCGACCUCUAGAAAGUGCUGCUUUAAUGGCUGCGGGCAUACUUGUCAAGCACCAGCCAAUUUAUAUAAAGGUGUUCCCUUGAAACCUCGCAGGGAGAUGAGUUUUUUGGAAGAUCCUGAGGGUCGUGUGAAGGUGGCAUGGCUGUCAAAGUUCAACGUCAGCAUGGAGCCUGUCAUUUACAUGCUUCAGUCACGCUGGAACAUCGGCAUUCACCCCAGUGAGGACCACGCCUCUCCGUGGGCAACUGUCGUCAUGACCCUGUCUGAGGACGCAUUUUUGUCCGACCUGCGGCCUCAACGUUGGUAUCAGUUCAGGGUUGCAGCCAUCAACAGUCAUGGCAGCAGAGGCUUCACCACACCCAGCAAACACUACAUCUCCAGUAAAGACCCAUCCCCUCCUGAGCCUCCGACAAAUUUAAAAGUGAGCAAUCAGAGUCUAGAAUGGACAGAUACACAAAUGGCACCUGAGUUCACAGAAAGGUUGGAUGAAGCAAAAGCCACAGCGGCAGUGUUAUUGCAAUGGGAGCCCCCCAGAGAGGGAGACCUGCCUGUUCACAACUACAGAAUAACCUGGACGUCUCGACAAGCACGCAAAACUCAUAAACACAUGGUCCAAACUUAUCCACAGACAGAGCUAACCAGCAAGCAUAUGCAUGAACAGGGUAAAAAGGAGAGCAAUAGCGCACUGACUCAUGGGGCACAGACUGAGCUGUGGUUGAAGGGGCUCCUGCCUAGCACUCCCUAUGUCAUAUCUGUUCAGACGGUGGCCUACUGGGGACAGAAGAGGUUGAAGAGUCACAGAGCUCAGCUUUUUUUCACAACUCUCAUUCCUGAAGGUGAAGACAUCUCAAAUGAGCUGCCCUCUUCCUCGUCAUCUUCGUCCCUACCCUCCUCUCCCUCUCAAGCAUCCUCCUCCUCUUCCUCCCAGCUUCCCAAGUCUUCCCGUCGGACUCAUGUGGAUUUGCCUCCGAAUCCCUCUGAAAAUCUGCGGCUGGAAGUCGCUGCCCCCCAUUUCCACAACAAUCAGCUGCAGGUGAAGGUGUUCUGGAAGCGCUCUAAUCACAACAAGCAGAGACAGCGAGGUCCUUUCAUUUUGCGGUGGCAUCCACACACCUGCAGUGCAAAUGUCACAAGAGGAGACAGAACAAUAACGGUGGAGGGUACCCACCACACUAUUAAAGGUCUGCAAUUUGCCUGCAAGUACAGGGUCUCAGUGGCAAUGGCGGCUGAUCCGAAGGUAGAGGCUGUUGCCUGGGUUACAACCCCGACUUGCUCCUCCUUUAGGGUCAGAGGAGACAAAGCUUCACCAUGCAGCAAAGACGAGCGCCCCCUGGCAGGGAGAAAGGUGGUACUGCGUCCAGAACGACUGACUGCAGACUUUCAUCAAGUCAAUGGUACUUUGCUCACAACGUUUCGCUGGAGGAUGUCCCAUCAUGCAGUUGACUCAGCAGCUGUGGAGGGCUUCCAGUUCACCUGGAGUCUGCAGCCUGAGCUCAGUCCUGCAGAACCGAGGCAGGAAGAUGCUCUUAUCUCCCAGACCCAAACUAUUGCACUGUCUGAACGUUCCAUCACUGUUGAUGAGCUUGAGGCUGACAGCGUUUACCGGGUGCAGCUACAGGUGCUGACCACAGGCGGCAGGACUGGAGCGGCCGUCUCAAAGACCAUUCACACCCCGGCAAUUAACAACACAUUUUCAUAGGUAGUGGCAUUCAUUUCUGGAGCAAGGCAUAUACAUGAAUGUAUUCUGAAUUUAUUUGUACCUUUUUUUUUUAUUUUAUUAUGCACAUUGUAGAUGACUUUGGUUCUUUUGCAUGUUACUUUUUACGUUUUUACAACAUAAUGGUGACUCUUUGCUGCACCGUGGUCAUCUUUUCCAGCGUCAAUGUUUCUACCUUCUUGUUUCCUACCAGCUGAUCUUAAUGGCAGAAACCAUGUGCAAAAAUGUAAUAUAGGUUUUUACAUUCAAUUUAUUUCCUGCUUUGAACUGUAUUCCUUUAUUAAUUCAGAUGCCAAACAGAUUCAUUUGAAAAUAACUGUAAUCUAUUGUUCAGUUUUUCAGUGUUUUGGAAGAAAAAUAAACUAUACCUGUAUGUGGAGCCACUUUUUACUGUACCUGUGGGAUGUAUGAGGCAGCAUAGCAUUUAUGAAUGUGCUCACAUUAAUACAGCCAUAUUAAAUUUUCCCUCGCUUCAGUGAAAACCAUAGCUUUUGUUGGGAAAUUAAUUAUUGUUUAAAUAUCUGCAUUGUUUGGUGUCUGUAUGACACUAAUAACUUUGACAACCUUAUAUUAUUCAAGUCAUAAACUAUUGUAAAUAGCCGUUUGUUUUCUGAUGUUUUUUUUAUUCUGCUAGUGGAGAAAAGUAUAGCACUGACUUUAUGUAAAAAUAGUAACAGCAUUGUUUUUUUCUUUGGAAAUAUUUCAAUGCUGUCUCCAAUAUUUUUGUUUUUCCCUUCUUUUUUAUUUGUUUUUUUUUUUUUUUUUUUUUUUUUUAAGAUUUAGCUGUAAUGGUUUUAUUCAAUGUUUGAAAAGUCAGGAAACAGCCAAAGUCUUUCAAACUGUAAUUACAAUGUUAAUAUUUUCUACCAGGUAACUUUCAACUAUUUAGAUUCAUUCUUAAUAGUUCAGAUUUAUUGCUUUACUUUUUCUGUACCAAGUCCUAUUUAUUGUUCUCUUGUCCAGUUUGUUUUUGUAAAUAAAGUUUAUCACCACA